AUGGAUUUUUACGAACCAACCUUUUUGUUCCGUCAAAACGCUCUCAGAAGAGCCUCCUCACCCAAAAAGAACAACUCCACCAACCCAUACCUCAACGAAAACUGCUCCACAUCUUCACUGUGGCUUUUGAACAGCGAUAUGACAAACGACGUUUCUUUGACCAACAGGGUUUGUGCCUUGGACAGGGUCAACAUCAAAUCCAACUACUGGAAGAUUCCUGAUAGCGAGAUGAAUUUGACCGCUUUGGCACUCAGUGAUCCCGACGCAGCCAAUCCGUCUUUGGCUAUUUCGAGCGCCAACUCGGAAAGUAAUCUUUUCAUUUACGAGCUCGAUCCUUUCCAGCACUACUUGACGCAUCACACCACCAUUUCGCUUCCCAACAUCCAUAGUCUCUGCUGGGUCAAGAACACGCAGUCCAAAUUUCUUGUUUCUGGAAACUCGAAAGGAUACGCACAUUUGAUCUCUGUUCCACGUAGUGGUGACGAGGACGAGAGCGCCGAGAUUGUCAAGAGAUUCAACCACCGUAAACACUUGAAGCUUGUGAACAAGGAUUCGGCACUUUCAUCGCAUCAAAGCACAACGGUUCCAAACCUAGGGUUUCUCUCAGACAAGUUGGUGACCACAUACGACGACACCUUGUUUGUGUGGAACAUGAACGAUGUGCACCUGGCCAUGAGACCCAAGCCAGAAUCGAUUUCGGUUGUUCCCGGAAUCACCAAUUUCGACGCUCCAAUCACCGACUCGUCUACACUUGCACUUUGCGGUGCAUUUGGCGUGACUCUUUUCGACACCAGAUCUGCGCAACACAGCAUUCCAAAAUCGAGCUUGGCCAUGAGCCACGAUGCAAAACGUAUCAAGACAAACCUUGUCAAGUGGCACAGCAGCAAUGAAUACACUUUGGCCAGUGCGCACGCCGAUGGAAUGGUUCAUCUUUGGGAUAUUAGAAUGAACGAUACAUUCUCCCAAAUCUCUGGACACAAGGGUAAGACCAUCACAAGCAUGGCAUGGAACGGCAACGACUUGUUCACUGGUGCAAGUGAUGGUAUGAUUGCCCACUGGGACCUUACAACCGACUUGGACACGACAGUAGACUUGUCUAGCCAUGCGGAAACACUCAAGCACUGCUCCCUUCGAGAGGGUAUCAAUAGUGUUCAUUUCGAUGCAGUGACCAACUCGCUCGUCCACUCUGUAUCUGAGAGACAGUGCGGAACCAUUCUUCCAGCGCUGAACAACAAGAUCGUCGGAAUGUGUCAAAUUUCCGACGGCGACAAAACAGACGCCCGCUGCAAGAUCCUCCUGAUCGACGGAGCCGCAUUCUUGGGAUUGCACGCCAAAAUCUACGACGCAGCCGGCUCUGCUGAUGGCUCAGGCGAUAAACAAUACUACUCCCAGGAAGAUCUUGCGCUCAUGUCGCAAGGAGUCUCUGACGAAACCCUUGUUGGUACAGAGGACAAGUUGUUUGGCCCACUCAGUCUCAAAAAGAAUCUCGACGUCGAUGAGGACGUGGAGCGCCAUGAAGUGGAACUCUUGGGCAUUAGUGUUCCACCCGCCGGAGACUUGAAGAACGAGUUCAGCGCCAAGAGCCUUGAUCCAUUCUACAACUGGCUGCCUAGUCUGCCGGUCAGAUCUCUUCACUCUGUGGAUUCCAGCACAGACCUACAGGAUUCGCCUACACUUUCGAACAUUUCCAACAACGACUCUAUCUUCACGCUCUCUACAGCCACAACGUUCUUCGAGGAAGAAGUUGCGCCCACGAAAGAUUUUCUGCUCAAUGCGCUCGACAAGACGUUGGAGGAGAUCCGCGGGGAGUAUGCGAUCGAUAACGGCUUCCAUAACAUAUAUGUCUAA